AUGAGUGGUGAAGACGGGUCGGCAGGGGAGGAGGCGCAAGGGGAGCAGAUUGAGGGAGGAGAGACGAAAGAGAUCGAGACUUUCUCUUCGGAUGGUGACGGGCAGAGCAUGCGAGAGUCGCGAUCAAGGAGGAGUUUCAGGCCUCGGUCUACCAACGCCUACUCCUCUGCCUCUACCCUCUCCAACUCGAUGCACUUUGACUUCCCUAACAACAUCUCUCGCGCUUCCCUCGUCUCUGCCAGCGGCAGCACCUGCUCCCGGUCCGGGCUCAAGGAGCUGCGACAUGCCCGGCAACACACGGAGGACGCGUACAAGAUGCUCAAGAGCAGACUGGCAAAGCUUGCGUUCGAGGAGCAGAGGGCGGUGAAGGUGGCGGAGAUCAGCAAGCAGCGAGCGCAGGAGAUCGGGAGGCUGCGGGCGCAGAUCGAGGAGAGGAGGCGGUUGAAGGAGAAAGAGAAGGCACAGAGGAGGAAGCAACUGCAGCUGGAGAUCGAGGCGAAGGCGAACGAGAAGAAAGAGCGUCAGAUGAGCAUCCGAAACCUGCGGGACUCGCUGGUGAUGAGCAGGCAGGAGCUGGCGAGCAAGGUCAGGCAGGAGAAGAAGGAGAACGAGAGGGAGAGGGAGGAGAUCGCUCGGCGGGUCCUGGAGGACAAGAAGAAGUUGAAGAUGUCAGUGGCGGAGAUGUCAUCGGGGAAGGGCCAGUACGAGAGGAGGAAAGCAAUCGCGCAGAAGCACAACAUGGCGGACUUGGUGUACCAGGACAAGCUGAUCCAGGAGGAGCAGGAAAGGAGCAGAAUGAAUCGACUCAUUCUCGAACUGCAGGAGCAGGAGAAGAUCAUGCUGCAACGGGUGGCGAAGGCGCAGGAGAUGCAAGUGAAGGCGCUGAUCGUCCUCAAGGACUCGCUCAUGUGA